ACCAUCCGGCCGGAUAGCCCUGGCAUCUGUGGCCAUUAAACCAAUAUACUACUUAACCUCAUUUUCGUAGUUUUCAAAAUUGUAAUGUAUUGUGGUAUUGUUUAUGAUAUGGUUUUUAAUUUAUCUGGAUAAAUAUUAAAGAAUAAGAAUGGAUUAUUUAAUAGCCGACGUAGAACACUUUAAAUUUGAUAUUGAAGUGGCUUUAGACGAGCAAUAUGGAGCGCUGCCGCUACCAUUUCCUGGAAUGGACAAGUCUACUGCCGCUGUUUGUCAAUUCUACGCUUCCCAAGGUUGCACAAAAGGCCCCAAUUGCCCCUUUAGACAUGUUCGAGGUGAUAGAACUAUUGUGUGUAAACAUUGGCUCAGAGGACUUUGCAAAAAAGGGGAUCAGUGUGAAUUUUUACAUGAAUAUGAUAUGACGAAAAUGCCUGAGUGUUAUUUCUAUUCAAGAUUUAAUGCUUGUCAUAAUAAAGAAUGUCCCUUUUUACACAUAGACCCUGAGAGUAAGAUUAAAGAUUGCCCUUGGUAUGACAGAGGGUUUUGUAGGCAUGGUCCUCAUUGUAGACACAGGCAUGUUAGACGAGUGUUAUGUACAAACUACUUAGCUGGUUUCUGCCCUGACGGACCCAAAUGUAAAUACAUGCAUCCAAGAUUUGAAUUACCUGCUCCUCCGGAUCAGAAAAAUGCAGACAAAAACAAGCCCCCGGUUAUUAUCUGCCAUUUCUGUGGAGAACACGGUCACAAAGCUAUCCAUUGUAACAAAAUGUCUGAUCACCAUCACCAGAAAGAGUUACAAAUGCUGAUUAAUGAUGAGAGUAAAAAGAAUGAUGGUACGAUGGGUCACAGGCAGCCUCUUAAAAAAUUGGAAGAUGUCACGUGUUAUAAAUGUGGCUCAAAGGGUCAUUACGCUAAUAAGUGUCCCAAAGGGCAUUUGGCUUUCUUGUCUCAACAGAUGAACCAACAGAAGAAUGGUAAAGGCAAAAUGGAUAUGGAAAAUUAAUAAGAAAGAUACAGUUUAUGUGUUGUUAAGAUGUAUUUAUUUUAUGACAUGAAUAAGGACUAUAUUUUACUUAAAUUUUCAUCUUUAGUAAUUAAUUAAUAAGAGAUUUUUUAAAAAUACAAUUUUUUAUAACACAUCAACAACUUCUUACAUUUCUUCAAAAAAACUAUUGUGUUGG